GUAUUUGGCAAUAAUCCCAAUUUCCUGCCCUAGUCUCUGAAAGGGAACAUUUUUAGUGACACACAAAUGUAGUCCUUCGUGCCAAGUUCGUCUUCGGAGUUGUUAUUCUUCUCGACUCGACAUCAGUACGAAAUGGGUGUGGCAUUGAUCUUAAGUUACUUGGUCGCAAUCGCGGAUUUCGCAUAUUUCGCCAAAGUUAACCGCGAGAGAUCUGCUCGUAACUUACAAAGCGGCUAUGUCACGGAAGAUGAUCGCGGAAGUGGCCGAUUCUUGCUUACCAGCUUCAUUUUAUCUUUACUCGCUCCCAUCUGGCUCACUACUGGCGUAGGUCAUAUGUGGUCGUUCCUCGGCUGGGUUGGCCUUGGAUGGAUGGUUGGAGGUGUAUUGUUACGACUCUGGGCAAUCCAUGUCAACCAAUUCUUUGUAGUUGAUCUUACUGUUUCAGAUGAUAUGUUCAUUUGUACAGAUGGUCCGUAUAAAGUUAUCAGACACCCAGGAUAUAUGGGAACAUUGUUGAUAUGGGUUGGCUUCGGAUUGGCCGCCACAAACUGGUUUGUUCUGAUCUUUGUGGCCGGUCUGGUCACAUAUGCACUAAUUCGACGAAUUCAAGUUGAGGAGGAAGUGCUAUUCGAAAGAUUUGGCGUUGACUAUCAGGCCUACGCCGAUGAAACUGCUAGGCUCUUCCCUUUCCUUUAUUAAAAUAGUGGAGGAUGGUAGCUCUUCUACCAAUAAAUACCAUUUGUUUUAACAAUAUCAAUCAUUUUUUUGCUUCAAACA